AUGGAUCCUUUAUCGGCUAUUGGGCUCGCUGGCAAUAUUCUCCAGUUCGUGGACUCCAUCCCCACGUUAGUUGGCCAAGGCGUAGAGAUAUACAGAUCGGCUGUUGGAGCCACUGCCGUCCAUACCGACCUUCGAGCCUCGAUUGAGAGACUAGAUGCCCUGUCCAAACCAUUUCGGAGACUGGUCGUCAUUCCUCGUGACGAAGAUGAGGCCCAAAUUGUCAAAACCGCUGUGGCGUGCAAUACAAUCGGAAGGGAUUUGGCAAAUGCUCUGGAUAAACUUGCUGCGACACCCCAUAGCCGAAGCUCGGGCGUAUGGAAAGCGUUGCAAUCCGUUUGGGAGCAGCCUAAAGUCGAGGAGACAGUCAAAAAACUCAACAUGUGCAAGAACGAUUUACAGUCACUACUCAGCAAAGCAUUGUAUGAUCAGCAAUCAUUCAUCCAGCGAUCAAUCGACAACCUGAAAUAA